AUGGAGAGGAUCGAUUCGGUCAUGGAAUCUAGCGGAUUCGUUAUUUUUAAGCUGGUGCUAUCGUUCUUCCAGUUUGUACUUGCCAAAAUGUUCGAGAAAGCAUCGAUCGCGUUCCUCAGCCUGAUGGAGGGUCUGACGAUGAAAAGUACGGCAGAGGAACAAAUUGCAACGUUCGAUCAACUCUCCACACACUGGUGGGAACCGACCGGACCCAUGAUUUUGCUGCACAAAUUAAACAAACUGAGAGUUCCUCUAGUCGUGGAAGGUCUCAUCAAGGUGGGUAAACUCGAUCGAAAGCAGCGGUACACGACCGACUCCUUGAAAGGUCUCACGAUAUUGGAUGUCGGUUGCGGGGGUGGAAUCUACUCAGAAGCACUGGCAAAGCUGCACGCGAACGUAGUCGGUAUCGAUCCAGCGCGGCACCUCAUCGAGGUAGCUAAAGCGCACGCAGAGAAGCAACCGGACAUCAAGGAGCGCUGCCAUUAUUUCGAACAAUCGCUCGACGCACAUUGGCAAGGGGCAGUUGGCAAAUAUGAUGUGGUCGUGCUUUCGGAAACGAUCGAGCACGUGGUGGAUCAGAGUACGCUGCUGAAGCAAGUCGCUGCCGUACUGAAACCGGGCGGUUCGGUAUUCAUCAGCACCUGGAACAAAACCAACUGGUCCUGGCUGCUGGCGGUGGUAGUGUUGGAAAAUAUCAUGAAGCGGCUGCCGAAGGGUUCGCACGAUUAUGAAAAGUUUAUCUCACCCGAGGAAACGGAAGCCAUCCUGGAGGGUUACGGAUGUCACACGAUCGAGCAGAGACCAUUCUAUUUGAAGUUCUGGGAAAGUGAGUGGGUUUGGGUGCCGUUCAAUACGCUCACGUAUGCGUUACAUGCGGUUAAACAGUAGAUUCUUUCUGAAGAGUAAAGA